AGGAGUUUCCGGGUUAUACAGGCGGAGGGAGGGAGCAGAACAGCAUAGUCAGUUCUGACAGUCGUCUUGAAACCAGUGAUGUGGUGGUCUGAUCGGCAUCAUCUUGGUCGUUUUCAGUACGGUUAAUCUUUAGUUCCAGGGUUUGUUCCCAUUUCUUUGAGGCCAGUUCUCGGAAUUGUGUGAAGUGGAGUAGCUUAUGUCAUGGCUUCAAUUUGGUCAUCAUGUAGUCAUCCUCCUCCACCUGGUGGGGGCUUCAGUACCUGCAAAACAGCUCACAGGAUACGGCUCAGAAUGUUAUCUAUAGCCCUUAAGGACGAACUAAAGGUCCUUGACUACGCUUAAGGACUAAGCUAUUAUUAUUUGGUCUCCUUUGUUUUCCUCUAUUUCUGUAUUUUUUCACUUCUCUGAUUAAACUUAUUCUUUGGCUAAAGUUUUUCCACAGACAAAAGGCAGGCUGAGGACAUGGGGGGCAAGGACCAUAGGGUCCUGCUCCGUUUCAAAAGGACCCACGUGGGGGACACAGGGAGCCGACUCUUGCGUUCCUGGGGGCCCUUGGUGUGUGUGAGGGGAACUGCACCCCUUCGGCACCCAAGUGCAGGGGCCUCACGAUGCGGAUCGCCACCUGCCUGAGACAGGAGGCUUGAAGUACCCGGCGUAAGCACCCGAAGCAAGCCCAGGGAGCUCAAUGACAGCCCCGCCCCUCACCCUCCUAGGCCCGCCCCUUCCGCCCCUGGGGCGGGGCUAAGCGCGGCUUCCCCCGGAAGUCCGGAACUGAACCGAAAAUUAAGCCCAGCUGAGCGUUGCUCCUCCCUCCUACGGCGCGAGACUGCGUCCUGGUCUCCCGCGCCCCAAUUUGGAUGUUUACUCCCAACUCUUACGAGGUCUUGAGUCCCCACCCCGUUUCCCCAACCCAAUUUCAGCUGCAAAUUACUGCAGAACCUGAAGCCAGGAAAGGAACCUAUUUCCCGCUCCGGUCUGCCCCUCUCCGGACCCGGCGAGGCCCAGGUGAGGUUCUCGCCCGCUUUCCAGCCUCACCUGCCACACUCCCCUGCGCGUCCCCCGGGGUUCCUCCGCCGCCCGACCAUGGCCCAGAAGCCGAAGGUAGACCCCCACGUCGGCCGGCUGGGAUACCUGCAGGCGCUGGUCACGGAAUUCCAGGAGACCGAGAGCCAAGACGCCAAGGAGCAAGUACUGGCCAACCUCGCCAACUUCGCCUAUGACCCCAGUAACUACCAAUAUCUGCGGCAGCUGCAGGUCCUGGAUUUAUUCCUCGAUUCACUGUCGGAGGAGAAUGAGACCCUGGUGGAGUUUGCUAUUGCCAACGUCCCCAAUCCCAAGAGCAACAGCUUUCUUAGCAUUGAAUCCCUCCGUGGGAUCCUCUGGAGAUUAAAAUUCUCUUGUAUUUAUUGUGCAUAACUUAAAAGGAAAGUCCCAGUGGUGCUUAGAAGCCUAUUUUGUUACUCUUGCUGUUUCCUUUUCUGUUAAUGUCUGUGGUGCUAAAUGGGAAACACUGUCAGUGCUUAUUCUGUGCUGGGCUUUGUAGCUUUGAAUCUUUUGUCUCUGGUGGCAGGUCUGAGAUGGUGAUCUGCAUGAGAUCAGAGUGCCUUGCUUAUCUUCGUUAUGUCUUGAAUGCUCAGGCCUUUUGGCCUGGGACGAGGAUGGGGCCGGGGAAUGUGUGCAGAGUCCUGGCCAUGACUUGGUGCUGCAGCCCCGAGUGCUUUUGGUUCUGGAAUAACUGCUGGCUUAGAUUGCCCAUGGCCAUGGUUCGGCAGAACCAAAACCAAUGUUGGUUUGUUGGCAAGGAGUAUAGGGAGGUUGGUAAGAGUGGGGCUUUGGGGUCAGGCAGGCCUGGGUUCAAGUCCUCACUCCCCGACUUAACUCUGGGCAUGUGAUUUCCCUUGUCCCAUCACCGGUCAGGUGGGGGAGGAUCACUGCCUGCCUCACAGCGCUGUUGAGAGAAUUAAAUGAGAUAAAGUGGCUGCAGCUGCAAAGGUCCCCUAGGUAUCCAGACCCCUUUGAGGAUAAACAGUUCCCGAGUCUCCCAGAGAGGUGAGGUAGGAUAGGAUAGUGUCUUAUCACCCAUCUGUUCCAGGGAUUCAGUCCUUCUGGAAAAACAUCAUUGAAUGAUAGGAAAAGGUAUGAAAGUUGAUCUUUAUUCUCGCAGUGGGUGACCGGGCAGUAGGAGGAGGAAGUACCACGGGGAGACAGGCACUGGUCAGCCCAGAGCCACCCUCAUAUGGGAUGGGGGAUAGGAAGUGGGCAAAUUAUCAGGAACCAGAUAAAAAGCCAGGAUCUCAGUAAAUACUUGAAUGAGGCAGAGAAUUCAGAGCUCAUGCCCCAAAUAAUACUGUGGCAGGCUUUGGCAUUAAUUUGGGAGUGUUGGACUGAAGCACCAUUGGUUGAUUCUCUGGUGUCUUAUAUGCUGUGUGUGCACACCUGCACCGUUCUAGAUGGUGUAUGGAGAUGUAAAGGAACCAGGAGAUAAUUCUCUGCUUCCAUGAAAACUGGCUGAAUCCUAGUAUAUCACGGAAUACUCGGCAGUUUUGUUACUACAAUGAGAAUGCAAGUAGGUGGCCUCCCACGACUGAGGUUAAAUCGCUUUCCUGUGUUCUAUUUCCUGCAAUACCUGUAGCUGCCACCAGAUGGUGGUGGUGUACUGAAAAAGGCUGGUAGAUGAAUCCUGAGCCGCCUCUCUUUGGAAAAUAGAAUUUAGUAAAAUUGAAGAUAGGCAUGCCGCGUGACCCAGCAGUUACAUUCAUAGGGUUAGGUACAUGCACGUCCAGACACAUGCAAAAAUGUCACCAGCAGUAUUGUCUGUAACAGUCCUAAACUGGAAACAGUCAGCAGUGGAAUGAAUUAUCAAUAUUGUGGAUAUUCAUACUGCUUAGCAAGGUAAAUGAACAAUCUACAGCUCCUUGCAAUUAUCUUAAAAACAUAAUGUUAAGCAAAUGAUGCUAGACACAUAAUAAUAUGCACAGUGUGAUUCCAUUUCUAUAAAGUCCAAAAAGAGGCAGAACUGAAUUAUAGUAUUUAGGGGUGUGUGUAU